CAAAUAAUUUGAGUAGGUAAUGAGUGAAUCAGUCCCAGAAAAUGUGACUAAAUCAUCGUUUACCCCUAAAUAUUCAGACAAGACUGCUGAACAGUCAUUUUCUGAGAGAGCAUUAUUUGUUUUUAAUAUUUGCUAUGAUACAACAGAAUCUGAACUGAAAGAGUUAUUCCUCAGAUUUGGACCUGCCAAAGUCAAGUUAAUGAUGACAGAGCACUCCAGCAAGAACAGAGGACACGCAUUUGUUGAAUAUCACGACCCUUCCCACGCCAAAGAGGCCGUUAAACAUCUCAAUGGGUUCUCUUUACAAGACACUAAGAUAAAAGUUCAGUUUAACACAAAGCAACCUCCUUGGUACGCCGGAAAUCACAACAAUAAUCGAAAUAAGAACGACAAUCCUCCAUCAAACUCAGUUUAUGUUCGCAACUUAGACAACUCAAUAAGUACAGAGGACUUAGAAGGACAGUUUGCACGAUUUAAUCCUCUUAAAACCAGUUUGGUAAUCGAUCACGUGACGAAGCGAAACAAAGGUUAUGCUUUUGUAGAUUUCCAUUCCAUCGAGGACGCAGCUAACGCGAUAAAACACACUAAUGGGGCCAUGUUCUUUGGAAGGCAGCUACACGUGGAGUUCAGUAAUCGUUCUUCCAAUCUAGAUUCUCGAAAGUCGGAAUCAAUCAGCUCGCUGAACAGUGAUUUUGACGACCUGGAAUUGAUUAAACUGCGUCAAGAUCGUGAACGUCUUGAAGAAGAACUUUUCGAAAAGAAGGGAGAACUUGAGGAUGCAAAAGCCGCACAGUGCGAAGAUUCGAUCCAAGAUGUCAGAGAACACAUUUGGAGACUCCAAGAUGACAUAGCUCGCAUUAAGUUAACGGAGGACUAUCCGCCAACCAAACUAAGAUCAAGGUCGCAAGACAAACGGAAAAAGAAGCGCCGGUCGGACGAAGGUGAUCUGUAUUAUUCAGACGAACGAGAAAACACGCCGGGAGUAGAAAGAUCCUACACUCCUACCAGUUUUGGAAGUAGACGAUCUCAUCAUCGUGGCAGCAUUUCCUCUAACAGCUCGCAAGGUGACGAUGGGUACCUGGAACACCGUGUUUUCGUCGGGGGUCUCAAUCACACCACCACCCCUGAAACCUUUAAAGGGUUCUUUUCUAAGUUUGGUAAAAUCAGCAGCUACUUUCUGAAGUGGGAUAAGAUUUCAGGACGGAACAAGGGAUUUGGCUUCGUGUCCUACGACACAGCAGACCAAAUGGAGAGUCUACUAGCAACGCACAAAGAUAACAAUGUCUGCAUAGAUAAUCAUGUGGUCAACAUAAAGCGGGUCUUCCCCGAGUCGUACGUUUCGCCAUUCCCUCUGAACAUACCUCCAAUGCUAUGUCGGUCAGCUCCCCACUUCACGGAUCCUCCUUCCUACUGUGACGAACGGAACCCUCUGCCUGAUGAUCCGAAAAUAGUGGAGUUCUUCUAUAACCUGGGAAUUCACCACUACAAUCUUCUCCGUAUAAACGUCUACCACUGGAACCUGUUAUUCCCUGGUAACAUGUUUAGUAACUCUAAAAUGGAUUCAGCUCCUCCCACCCGACAACCUUCCCCCGCUCCUCCGCCCUUCCCCGCUCCUCCAGUAUUUCGUCAGGCGAUGCCAGUGUUUUCGAAUUUGGAGCAGCAGCACCGGCCAGCAAGUCACAUGGGUCCGAUGAUGCCGGCCCAUCUCCAGAACCACAGGAACAUGUAUCCUCAACAAAACAACUAUCCUCGGCACAACACUCCUGUAUUUCACGACAUGAUAAACAUACCCAAUAAGUUCUACAAUUCAUCCUCAAGAACAACCCACAAGACAUCACGGGCUUCCACUCCACAGCACUCAACCGCAGCUGCAGUAAUUAUACCACCUACCAAAACCGUACCCUAUCAACCACCUUCAAAAACCGAUAAAGAUUUGAUUAAGAAACUUCUUAUCUUCCAAAAUUUGAUGAUGCAGAGUAACAAUAAUCGCGGAGGACACCAAUUCACAAACAACUCUAAUAACAACAAAUCGAGAGGGAUUGCGAACAACUUCCAUAACAACAAUAACAACUAUUUGAACAACUUCCACCAUAACAACAACUUCCACCAUAACAACAACAACAGCCACCACAAUACACACAACACGAACGUACGGUCUCCUUUGGAGGGUUUGCAGCAGCCAAUAAGACUCCAGCAACAUGAUAGGAGAAAUCAUGUCGACCAUACUAGACCUCCUUCAAACAAGAGUGGUCCUGAAAAAGUAACUAACGGAGCCCCAGUUUCCUUCUCCCCAACUCAUUUCUCCCCUCAAUCAACGUUACAAGCUUUCUCACCGGAAAUAUUCUCUCCGAGCAAGGUAACGAACAGUCCGGCUCACUCCUCGCCUCCCCAGCAGCACGCUCCGACCCACCUCGCUCCCCCUGUUUCCCAACUACCCAACUCUAUUGAGGAGAGCCAAAAUAACAGCAGUUAUGGAAGUCACGAGGAUACGCUUACCUACGAGCCCAACGAUCAGGUGGAACAGGGUUAUACCCCAGGAUACCAACCUCCCAUCCCCUCCUCUCCCUCGCUUCAUAAAUCUCCAGCUCAUCCUCUACCAGUCCAGAGCGCAGCAUCGCCACAUCAGCAGCCACUAGUAUCCAAUCAGCAGUCACAGACAAGUUUGCCCCAGGAGCUAGCUCUAUCACCACCUCCCCUGGCUCCUAGACCCCUGGAAAGGUCCCGCUCAUCUUCCGGAUCUUACAGUGAGAGUCUGAACGAGAAAAGUAACACGAUCCAAUAUUCUCACUCGGAGAAGGGGGCACAGCCUCAAUACACCCACUCUGACAAAGUGACACUGCACCAGAAACCCCCACACAUGACCCAAGCUCAGCUCAAUAUGUACUCUCAGAUCCACCAGAAUGUCAUGCAGCCCUCUCACCGGCACCAGGUCCCACCUCGACUUCAACAGGACAAGCACAUGAAGCAGCAACCUGAUCCAGGACCACAGGCCAUCCACCCUAACCCCGGCCAUCCCCACAUUCCUGAAGAACUCAAAAUCCACUUGAGAAACCUCCAGCAGCAAACUGGGCCGGGAUUCCAUGGACCUGUCCACGGACCUGGGUUUCCUGACUUCCACUCAGCGGACAAGAACCAACGUAUCGAUAGCAGGUCCCCUCACGGGCUACCUCCUCCUGGGUCUGUCCAGCAACGCUAUAAGUACAACCCCAUACCAUUUCUGAACCCGCAGCUGCUAAAUUCGGCAAUGAGCUACAUCCAGCUGAGACCGGGUCUAAUCCCCCAACCUAUGCCACAACAUCCUCUUCCUCACGCUGCACAGUCCCGGUACCACAGCCCACCUCCAUCAGACGACGAGAGCGAAGAUGACAGCAGACAAUGACGAAGUCAUAACUUGGGGUGAUGACGUUACAAUUUGAAGCGAUGACGUCACGCUACGACGAUGACGUAGUUCCAUCAUCAAUCAGCGCUCUACCAAAUGCAGCCAGACUCUUACAUCAGCUGCUUUCUUACUUUGUUUGUUGUGUGUGUGUGUGUGUGUGUGCGCGCGUGUUUAAUAGAUGUUCAUUGUUCAAGAAGAGAAAUCAUUUGACCCACGAUUGGAGUGUCUGGUGACAAGAUGUGUCGUGUGAUCCCAAUUUAGCGGAUAUUGUCAAAAUAUAAACAUCAAGAUAAAUAGUUCUGUUAGUAUGUAUUGACAGGGGUCCUUAGUCUGGACAAUGCGGCGCAGUUGGGUUUAAAAAAGGUCGUCUACUUGCUUUGGAGUUGACAUUUGUUAACUUGAUUCUAAAUAAAUUGAUUUGCUUUAUAAGUUGAUCAAAUUUUCAUGUGGGAUGA